GUCCCCCCCAAAUUCCAGUCCUUUCAGUGCCUUUCUCAGGUAUCUGUCCCCCCCAGUCGGCCAGUGCCCUCAGGCCCUUGUCCGUGAUGAACCACUUCUCGUCACUUCCUUCUGAGCUUCGGCUCAUGGUAUGGCGGUACGCGGUUGACAUGGUCUACGACUCGCGUCCUCCAUGUGCCUGGUCGUUGGCCUACCGCGCCCCAUACUUGAGUAUCCAACUUGAUGAAUUCCCCCUGCCCAAGCCCAAAUCCAAGUCCACCUUGGCCGUCUUCCAGAUCAACCGAGAAUCACGCCACGAGGCUAUCAGCAGGUACUUGCUGUUUAAGGCCCGUAGCGGUUCGAAGAGGGGGCGUGUUAGGGCAGAUACUGACGUCUUUAUCCUGGAUGCCAGUGUGCUUACCGAGAUGGCUUGCACGCCUGAAUGGCAGUCGCCUCACUUUGCUAGAAAUAGUUUCCAUUACUGUCUUGUCACUUGGCCGCCGCCCUUGGCUGCAAUCUACAGCCAAUCUUGGCACAACCUGGCGUUCGUAAGGAAGAUCCUCCUACCUAGCGUGUGCUUCACCUAUUUGUACCGUAGCCAGCUUGCUCCUCUCCUCCGGCUCCCUUGCUUACAUACCAUCUACCUGGAUUUCGGGUCCCCCUUGCGCAGUGCUGCCCGUGACUACUCUGUGGAAAUGUUCCGAGCCAAGGACGACCGACUGGGGUUGGCGGGCACGCGUCGUGAUGAAUUCCACGCCUGGUACCAGGAACACUCAGACCUCCUAAUCGACCCCCAGCUGAAACGUAGCGGCGGCGGCGAGCAGAUGAACGAACUAACCAAGGCUCUUUUCCUGAAAUGGCAACGUAUUUUCCUCGACGACGUUUUGGCUGGGUGGGAACCAUUCGCCCGGAAAGGCGUUACUGGCAUCCUGGUCUCUGAGCUUUACUACGGCCUGCAAACGGAAAUCUAAUCCGGGCGCCCAGACUAAGAUGGCCUUGCCAAACGCUUGGGUGAGCGAGCAUGGGUGUGUGAGUUAUGGGUAUGGGUGCAAGCCCUGCAGGCGAGAUAUGUAUGUACAUACAUCCCAUGCCUGGCGCAACAAUGUACAUAGACCUAACAAGGCAUACCUAGUAGCACCGCGGCUCUCUCUCUCUCUCUCUCUCUCUGCUCACCACGCAACGCAACCACGCCCAACAUCAUAUCUGACGGCUUUUAUGGGCUCCUUAGCGCCAUCGGCUGCUACUUUAAGCAGGGGAUGGGUUAUGGUAAUCAUACGCGGUGGACGUGGAGUGACGAGGGGUAGUA